AUGGAUAGAUCAGUAGAAGGAGAACUUAAAGUGAAUGUUCUUACUAAUCACCCAUCAAUAUCAUCAUCAUCAUCAUCAUCAUCAUCCCCUCUAUGGGUACUCUACUAUAAGGAGUGUCAAAUUAAUUUUCUUAAAAAGGUGGUGGCAGAAAUCAUAGCAACGUUUCUGAUGGUGUUUGUGACAUGUGGGGCGGCUGCCCUAAGUGGAAGUAAUGAGAAAAGAGUGCCACAGCUGGGAGCAUCACUCGCCGGCGGCCUCAUUGUCACCGUCAUGAUAUACACCGUCGGCCACAUCUCCGGUGCACACAUGAACCCCGCCGUCACUCUUGCUUUCGCCGCCGUUCGACAUUUUCCAUGGAAACAGGUAUCACUACUUGUUUUAGUGUAA